AUGGCGGCCGAUAUGAAGACAGUUCUUUUAGCUUCUGAAGCUGAACUUUAUGUUCAAGAAUUGAAAACAUUUCCCAUUUCAGAAAUUGGAAGUCCAAAAUGGAUGUCACAACAUGAGCUUGUUGAAAAACUCAACAUGCAGGCAAUCAUAUGUGCAUCCACACAAACAGAUGAAUACAUAAAGGACUAUUUUAUUACCUUACAAAAGAUUCCAGUUCUUAUUCAUGAACUAAUAGCUAUUGAAAUGUGGAAAUCAAAAGUUUUCCCAAAAAUCAUUAAAUCCCAAGACUUCAAUCCAGCAUCAACAUUACCUCUCUAUUUUGCACUGUUCCAUGAGGCAACUUUAAUAGGAUUACUAGAAACCAUAAUGUAUCAUAAGGAAUCUUGUGAGGCAGCUGAAGAAAGUGUGCUUGAUCUUUUGGACUUCUGUCAUAGAAAAUUCACAUAUUUAAGAGCCAGACAAGAAGAAUCCAGUGAAGAUGAGCAAAAACCAUCAAAAGAUGACAAAAAUGUUACUUUAGAGGAAUUAUCUCGACAAGAUAGUGAAAUAAAGUUUACAGUAUGUGUUAAAGCAGUUUCAGUACUCAAUUACAUCACAGAUCACAUCAAUAGCCUCUCAUUUAGUGUUUUAACAAGAAUGCUGAAUACUCAUGAUAUGCCUCUAGUACUUGUUCAGUUUGUUCAAAAUCCACCAUGGGUCAGAAGAACUAAAGAAGGAAGACUUGAAAAAUUUAUUGAUACAAAAUGGAGAGUUGUUCCAGAGAGGGAAAGACUUCAACUGACAAAAACAGAUGGACAGGUUUGGCUUGCUCUGUUUAACUUGUUAUUGAAAGAAGAUUGUCAAAGAAAAUAUGAGUUAAAUGACUACAAAAAAGGACAGAUUUUAAAGUUAAGAGGUCACCUCAAUGAAGUUCUUUUGGAYCAAAUUCCAAGCCUUGUUGAUUUACAGCGAUAUCUUGAACACCUCGCUAUUAUGGAACCUCCAGCRAUUAAGAAGGACCUUAUUCUUGAACAGCUACCAGAAAUUCGAGAAAAGCUACUUCGAGAGAACGCCGGGAAGUGGGACAAAAUAGCACAACGGCAAGCGAAAGAGUUUUUCUCUCCUUCAGAAAACGAUAUGAGAAAACAAGCGCAAAAGUGGGCAGCAACUUACAAUUUCGAUACAAUGGAAGACUUGAUCGACGAAAAACCAAAGUGUUCGACGUGUGGACRGCCUGCUGCUAAGAGAUGUUCAAGAUGUCAAAAUGUCUGGUAUUGCAAUAGAGAGUGUCAAGUUAAAGAUUGGUCUAAGCACAAACCUGUGUGCAAUCUUGUUGCCCAGCAGACAAAAUAGACUUAAAGAGGGAGAACCUAAUCUCUCUUCUCGUGUCAACAACUUAACAUAUUUUUGGGKGGAUUUUAGUGGAAAUAAUAGCAGAAAGAACUAGUGGAAAAACCUCAGAGAGCUUGGACCUGCAAAUUUUGCGAUUUAUUUUGCACCUGUAAAUGUUUGUGAUGUACAUAAAUCAUAAUUAACUUUUUAUGGAAAUCCUUAUUUAUCUCAAUAAAAAAGGGGCAAAAUUUU